GGCUGUGGCCUCGCACGUGUGUGGUGGAGGAAGUUUUGCUGUUGGGGUGUUCUGGAUUGUAGUCUGUUUUACUUUUUUGGAAAUCAACACGUUUUUGAGCGAAGAGGAUUGUAAAAAUGGGGAAAUUAAAUGUUGUGAUCCUGCGCUACCUUUCGAGGGAUGAUUUUCGAGUCCUGACAGCUGUUGAAAUGGGAAUGAAAAACCAUGAGAUUGUACCAGCUAGCCUUAUUGCAUCAAUUGCCAGUCUCAAACAUGGAGGAUGCAAUAAGGUUUUAAGAGAGCUUGUCAAGCACAAACUUCUGGCUUAUGAACGUACCAAAACCGUGCAGGGUUAUCGCUUGACUUAUGCAGGUUAUGAUUAUCUUGCACUCAAGACCCUUUCCUCCCGUGACAUCCUGAACUCUGUUGGAAAUCAGAUGGGAGUAGGAAAAGAAUCAGAUAUCUACAUAGUAGCAAAUGCUGAAGAGAUGCAGUUUGCUUUGAAACUUCACAGACUUGGUAGAACCUCGUUUCGAAAUCUGAAAAAUAAGCGUGACUACCAUAAGCACAGGAACAAGAUGUCAUGGCUUUAUCUUUCUCGACUUUCUGCUAUGAAAGAAUAUGCAUACAUGAAGGCUUUGUAUGACCGAGGAUUUCCAGUUCCUAAACCAGUGGACUAUAACAGACAUGGCGUAGUAAUGGAACUGAUCGAUGGUCAUCCCUUGUGUCAAGUACGUCACAUUGAUGAUCCAGCUUCUUUGUACAGUGAGUUAAUGGAACUAAUUGUGAAACUUGCAAAUCAUGGCCUGAUUCAUGGAGAUUUUAAUGAAUUCAACUUAAUGCUGGAUAAUGAAGAUCACGUCACAAUGAUCGAUUUUCCUCAGAUGGUCUCUACAUCUCACCGGAAUGCCGAAUGGUAUUUUGACAGAGAUGUGAAAUGCAUACGUGAUUUUUUCAUUAAAAGAUUUGCAUAUGAAAGUGAACUUUAUCCUACUUUUAAAGAUAUCAGAAGGGAAAUGUCACUUGAUGUGGAAAUAGCUGCAAGUGGUUAUACCAGAGAGAUGCAGCAAGAUGAUGAACUGCUGCACCCUGAAGGACCGAAUGAAGAAUGUGAAGAUGGGGACUUCAAACCAAAGGAAGGCGAUUCAGAAUCUAACAGUGAAGAAGAAAGCAGAGGUGAAAGUGAAGUAGUGUCAUGCCUGUCUGAACAUUCCUGUAAAGCAUUUAACCAUAUGGAAGAAGAUAUAGAUCUGACAGAGUUCAAACAUUCUCUACUGGAACUUGAAGGACAGAGUUGUGAAAGGAAUGAUAACUCCAGCAUAGGCUGUUCUGUAAAUGAUUCUUAUGAGGAAGCGGACAUGCUGAGCAGCACAGCAAAUCAGCAAGAGGAUACAAAUGUAGACAGCUGGACAUCAGAGAAAGAAGAUACAUGUCCUGAUUUAGUUGAUCCCUCAGUGACCAACAUGGAAUUUUGGUAAUGUUAUUUAUCAUUCACUUUUUUUCUUCU